AUGUUGAAAGACAGCACAGGGGUCACUAUCAGUCGCGGCUUCACAGCCUCCAGAGAAUGUACACAACCAUCCGAAGAGACGAAUGAUGAGCCAAACACAGAAUCAUCCGUAGUAGACAGUAGGAAUGAUGAAGAGAGCCAUGAGAAAUUAUCUCGACGUCGAUUGCCAAAGCUAGGCAUGGGUAUAUGGCUCGAUCUGAAGGAUAGAAUACCGUAUUACAAGUCAGAUUGGGUAGAUGCAUUUAAUUACAGAGUCAUCCCUUCUACUGUGGACACCUACUUUAACAACCUGUUACCUGCAAUCGCUUUUGCACAAGACAUGUUUGAUAGAACUGAUAAUUCAUACGGGGUAAAUGAAGUACUUUUAUCCAGUGCAAUGGCCGGUAUUGUGUUUGGAGUUCUUGCAGGACAGCCCUUGUGUAUAGUGGGUGUUACUGGCCCCAUUUCUAUCUUCAAUUACACAGUAUAUGAAAUUAUAAAGCCUUUGAAUACUAGCUAUUUUGGGUUCAUGUUUUGGAUUUGUCUGUGGUCUAUGAUCUUUCAUUUACUGUUGGCGUUUACUAACGUCGUUUGCCUCUUACAAUAUGUGACUACGUUCCCGUGCGACAUAUUUGGGUUAUUUAUUAAUGUCGUCUACAUUCAAAAGGGAAUACAGAUUUUAACAAGACAAUUUCAUAACACAUCAGGGGAAAAAUCAGUACAAGAUGGAUUUGCUAGUGUUGUCGUGGCGCUGGUUAUGACAGCAUUCGGACUUUUCUUCAAAUCAUUUCAUCACUACCCUCUAUUCACUCAUAAAAUCAGAACUUUCAUAUCUGAUUACUCAACUGCACUUUCAGUGUUAUUCUGGUCAUCAUUUACACAUUUUGGUGGUUAUUUAAAUGACGUUAAGUUCAAGAAAUUGCCUAUAACGAAAUCUUUCUUUCCCACUUCCAAAUUUAAUAGACCUCAAAAUACGUGGUUAGCAUAUGAACCGAUUCCUGUUAAAGACGUUUUCAUUGCUUUGCCGUUCGGCAUAAUUUUAACAAUUUUAUUUUAUUUUGAUCACAAUGUAUCGUCAUUGAUGGCGCAGAGACAUCAAUACAAAUUGAGAAAACCAUCCUCCUUUCAUUAUGAUUUCGCAUUACUGGGGCUGACCACUUGCAUCAGCGGAGUUUUAGGGAUUCCAGCGCCGAAUGGAUUAAUUCCUCAAGCACCACUACACACGGAGACGUUACUAGUUCGGGAUUCUAAUCAAAACGUCGUUAGGUGUGUGGAACAAAGACUCACAAAUACCUUCCAGGGUCUUAUGAUUUUGGGAACAAUGACAAGGCCGUUAUUAGUAUGUUUGGGAGAAAUUCCUCAAGCAGUACUUUCUGGAUUAUUUUUCAUCAUGGGAAUCAACGGCCUGAUGACGAAUGUUAUUAUACAUCGUAUAGUUUUCCUGUUUUCGGACCCUAAAAGAAGGGAUAAUAAUUCACCCCUAGCGAAAAUAUCUAAGAGAUCGAUGGUUAUAUUUCUUUGUUUCAGUCUGGCAGGUUUUACUGGCGAGUUUGCCAUCACAAAUACUAUAGCUGCCAUUGGAUUUCCCUUAGUGUUACUUCUGAGCGUGAUAGUAUCUUUUUCAUUCACCUAUAUAUUUCCAAGUGAGGAAUUAAAGGUCCUCGAUAAUAAUGUGGCACAAAGGUUCACUCUCAAAAAUUUACUAUUAGAAAAUAUACGUGAUGCAAAGUUCAGCGACAGGCACAAAUUCUAG